CCAGCAAAGAUGUGUUGCUCUGGAUUUCUCAAAACCAUGAUGUUUAUCUUCAAUGGCUGCAUCUUUUUGGCAGGUGCAGCCAUCCUGGGGGUGGGAGUGUGGGUGAAGGUGGACAGCAGUUCCAUGCUGGACUUGCUGGGAAGCCUGGAGGGUGCUCCACCUCAGCUGGCCCAAUUGGCCAACGUGAGCUACCUGCUCAUGGCUGCAGGCGCUGUGCUGCUGGUCAUUGGCUUCCUGGGCUGCUGUGGGGCCAUCAAGGAGAGCAAGUGUAUGCUGCUGACGUUCUUCAUCAUUGUGCUGAUCAUCUUCCUCGCCGAGGUUGCUGGUGCUGUGGUGAUGCUCGUAUUUCAGCCAUUGGCUGAAAAACUUCUGGAUGAUCUGGAGGUUGAAGUAAUAAAGAGUAUUGAAAAGGACUAUGGAGAGAGUCAAAGCCUGACCUCUCUCUGGAAUGCUACCAUGGAGGAGUUGAAGUGCUGUGGAUACAGGAACUAUACCAACUUUGAUGACUCCCCUUUUCACAAAGAGCACGGAGGGAUUUAUCCUGACCCUUGUUGCAAUACAACCAUCACAGACACCAUUGGUGUAUGCAGUGAUACCGCAGCACGUCUUUCGAUGAUUGAUGGGUGUUUUAACAAACUGCUGCAGCUGAUAAAGGACAACGCUUUGAUCAUUGCAGGUGUGGCACUGGGCAUCAGUGCUCUUGAGAUUGCAGCCAUGGUGGUUUCAAUGACCCUCUACAAGCAGAUUGGCAGAAAGGGAUAAUGUGUUCCCUUGACUUGGGACAAGAUGACAACAAAAUGGUUGGAAC